ACUCCGAAGAGAGGUUAAAAUUGUUUUGAAUUUAGACGACUCACGAGAAGAGAUCAAUUGUUCGAAGAUGAGUCGAAAGGAAGCAUUAUCUCAAUUUAUACAACAAAUUCAUGGUCGACCUGUUGUUGUAAAACUGAACAGUGGCGUCGAUUACAGAGGUGUACUAGCUUGUAUAGAUGGCUACAUGAACAUAGCACUUGAACAAACGGAAGAGUAUGUUAAUGGACAAUUGAAAGAUAAAUAUGGAGAUGCUUUUAUACGGGGAAACAAUGUGUUGUACAUCAGUACACAGAAACGUAGAAAUUAAUCAUGAAAUAUAAAUAACUAAAAACUAAAUGUUUAUUUAAUAAGAUUUGAAAAAAUUCAUCUUUACAUAUAUCUCUAAAUAAUACAUUUUGGCUUACUUCUAAGUAUAUAGUAAUUCAAGAUGAGACAAUUUUUAUACUGUAUAAUAAACGUAUAUGAUAU